CAUUCUCUUCCAUCUUAAAAUUUGGAAGAAUCGUUGAUCCCAAAAAAACACAUCACCGCCUUAAUUUAUAGCUCCAGCCGCAGAAAAAUCGAGCUUCUUCGACACGCAGAAUUUUCACUACCCCCUUCUUUAUCUCCGAUCCAAAUUUUUAUUGUGUAAACAGAGGAAAAAAUAAAAACAUUCGGAUAAUAAUCAGAUUUAUUUUUUUCCCCCAAUUUCCUUAAAGUUUUCAUCAUAUAUCGAGAAAUCAAAAAUCCACAAAAUAACUAGGAAGUAAGGAUGAAUUCGAGUCAUGGAAAAUAUAAUAACAAGUCUGGCUCACUGAAUGCUUUUGAUUUCGAUAUUGGGAUCGGGACGGGACGCCCCAAAUCUUUGAACGAUCAGAAAAUACAGACGUCCUCGUAUUCAUCCACCUCGUAUACGCAUUCAUCUGCGUAUUCGAAGCCCAGUACGACACCGGCAUGGACCCAUAAACCGGUGAAUCCCAUCCAGUCUAGUGGAUCUGGGUCUUUGUCCGGCCCGACUUCCAUGGUGGGAGAUAUUUUGGGGAAGAGCUGGAAUUCUUCAGCUCCAAUGAACUCUGGUGGCUUGGGUAUCGGGAUUGUGAAUAGUAAGAACCCGAAUUUGUUUGGGGAUUUGGUGAGCUCGGCAAUCGGUGGCAACAAGAACAGCACCAAUGUGCCAUUGAAAAACGCAGCUCCAACUGCAAGUAAAAGCACGCUCUCGAUGGGGGAAAUGGCUGAUUCAUUGCCCAAAAUGAACAGUUCUGUGAACAAUGGUGGAAGUUCGGGGACUAAUGUUAGUUAUAGCAGUGGAACUAUGAAUUGGGAUGGAAAUUAUCCAAAGAGUUCGAGUAUAGGUGGUGGGAAUGUGAAUUUGAGUGGGAAUAAUGCUAAGAGUUCGAAUCUAGGUGGUCCGUCUAUGAAGAGUAUGGCAGGAAGUGGUGGUAUGAGUUCAAAUAAGGACCCUUUUGGAUCUUUGGUUGAUUUCAGCUCUAAGCCAACUGGUGGUAUGAAAUCAGAGAAUAAAGGGAGCAAGAAGAGUGGUCUUGAAGACGAGUUUGGGGAUUUUAAGAAUGUGGCUCCAAAGACAAGUGGAUCGUCAUUUCCAUCAAGUGCUUUUCCCACGACUAAAAGCGAUCCAAUGGGUGAUUUUGGGUUUUCAAGUCCUCAGCCUCAGAGUCAAAGUCAGCCAUCAGGGCAGUCUGUGGGGGUAAAUGAUUUUGACGCAUUGUUUUCUUCUUCCGGUGGUGGUGCAAACCAGAGUCAAGGAUUUGAAAGCCAGCAGUUUUCAGGGGGUGAUGAUUGGGGUAUGGAUUCAGAAUUUGGAGGGCAUGAUACUGGUGGGACCACCGAGAUUGAAGGGCUUCCACCCCCACCCACCGGAGUUACCGGUUCAGCUGCAAAGACUAAGGGUAUGGAUAAUCUUAAGCAGGGGCAGUAUGCUGAUGCUAUCAAAUGGUUGUCUUGGGCUGUUAUUCUACUUGAGAAGGCCGGUGAUGAUGAUGGGACUACAGAGGUUUUAACCUGCAGAGCUUCAUGUUACAAGGAAGUUGGAGAGUACAAAAAGGCUGUGGCCGACUGCACAAAGGUGCUGGAGCAUGAUGACUCAAAUGUAUCAGUCCUCGUACAACGUGCUCUUCUUUACGAGAGCAUGGAGAAAUACAAGCUCGGGGCCGAAGACCUCAGGACUGUUAUGAAACUCGAUCCUGGCAAUAGAGUUGCUAGAAGUACCAUUCAUCGUUUGACUAAGAUGGCUGGCUAUUAGAGAAGUUUCCAAAAGAAAAUUCUUUCUUCACCUCCCAUCAGUCUGAUGCAUCAUUCCCCCUCUUAAUACAAUAUGUUGGAAAUCAUCAUCCAAUAUUUCUUGGAAAUUUGAUAUUGAGUCAGUUGUUGUCUUGCAAUUACGUACGGUCAUACAUCAUGGUUUACACUCAUACAUCAUGGUUUACACUCGCUUUUGGAAGGAAAGUUGUCCAUUUUGUUUCAAGGAUUGCUUUGUGAUGGCAAUUUUAAACCUCAAAUUUUUCUGCUGUUAUGUUUCUUGAAUGAAUUGUAGAUUCCUUUUGACGU